AUGGCGACCAAGCAAAAUGUCUACAUCAUCGGCGUUGGGAUGACAAAGUUCAUCAAGCCACGCGGUCUGGUAGACUACCCAGAAAUGGGCUUCGAGGCUGGUGUAAAGGCUAUGGUUGAUGCCGGCAUCAACUACGACGACGUCGAGCAGGGCGUUGCUUGCUACGUUUACGGCGACAGCACUUGCGGUCAGCGUGUCUUCUAUCAAUUCGGGAUGACACAAAUUCCCAUUCUCAAUGUCAACAACAACUGCUCUACAGGCUCGUCGGGCCUUUUUAUGGCCCGUCAAUGGCUACAGCACGGCGCAGUAAACUGUACCUUAGUAGUCGGUUUCGAAAAAAUGCAACCAGGUUCCCUCUCUUCCAAAUUCGACGAUCGCACAAAUCCGCUGGAUAAGACAAUGUGGAAGAUGCAUGAAACCCGUGGUGCCUCUCCCAAGGCCCCCGGAGCAGCACAAUUGUUCGGAAACGCAGGGAGGGAAUAUAUGGAGAAAUUCGGUGCCAAGCCAGAAGAUUUUGGAGAAAUUGCCCGAGUUAAUCAUGCACACAGUGUGAAUAACCCGUACAGCCAGUUCCAAGAUGUUUAUACUCUUGAACAAGUUAUGGGUAGCCCGAAGAUUCACGAUCCGUUGACUAAAUUGCAGUGCUGUCCUACUUCAGAUGGUGCAGCAGCAGCAGUUAUGGUUAACGAGACAUUUAUGAAGGCACAUCCAGAACUUGCAGACCGUGCUAUUCUUAUUGCCGGCCAGUCACUUACUACAGACUCUCCAGAUUUGUUCUCAAACUCUUCAAUAUCGCUGGUCGGUUCAGAGAUGACCGUUAAAGCUUCACAGAUCGCCUACAAAGAGGCCGGUGUCACGGAUCCAAAGAAGGCGAAGAUUAUCGAAGUCCAUGACUGCUUCUCAGCAAAUGAGAUGGUAGUUAUUGAUGCCCUUGGUCUAUCCGACCAUGGAAAGGCCCACGAGCUAGUUAGACGGGGUGGUAUCACAUAUGGCGGUCAAUGCGUCGUUAACCCAUCCGGUGGCUUAAUUUCAAAGGGCCAUCCUCUCGGUGCAACAGGAAUUGCGCAAGCCGCCGAGCUCGUAUGGCAUUUGCGAGGCUGGGCUACAAACCGUCUCUACGGUGGCGACGGAAAGGGCGUAGAGUUUGCAAUUGCCCAAAACCUUGGACUCGGUGGCGCCUGCGUCGUUAGUGUUUUGAGGAGGGGAGACGGCAAGGAGGGACUUAAGAGCGAUGGAAGUGGCGCUGGAGGCUGGAAGAACCAUAUUGGAUACAACCCUGCAAUCGAGGCGAGACCGAUUACAGCAGAGGAUGCUAGAAAGGUUGUGAGCAGGAGUAAAGACAGCCCAUACAUGCAUUCUUCAGCAGGCAAGGGUGCCCGGUUGUAA